ACAAUGGCCCUAGAGGCUGUGGUUUUCCCACAAGAUCCAUUCACUUAUGGUUGCAAAGAUUACAUGUACUCGUUAGUAGGAGGGUUCCAAGGAUCAGAAGACAAAGCCCUUGUGGGAAUCAUCAACAACAACAAAGAGCACAAUCUGCAUGCAAAUUGGGAGUCGUCUUCUUCUCCUUCAGUGUUGCAAAAUGUCAAGGAUCAGUGGGAUUCACACUCCUCCCCUGAACCCACUCCCACCAACACCACCACAGGUAGGCGCAAACGACGUCGUACCAAGAGUACCAAGAACAAGGAGGAAAUCGAGAACCAAAGAAUGACCCACAUUGCCGUUGAGCGAAAUCGAAGGAAACAAAUGAACGAGUAUCUCGCUGUUCUCAGAUCCUUGAUGCCUCCUUCUUAUGUACAAAGGGGUGAUCAAGCCUCAAUUAUUGGGGGUGCCAUUAACUUCGUGAAGGAGUUGGAGCAGCUUCUACAGUGCAUGAAAUGCCAAAAGAAAACAAAGGAACAAGGACAAGUUAAUGGGUUGGGUGACUCGUCACCGUUUUCUGAGUUCUUCAUGUUUCCUCAGUACUCCACGCGUGCAACACAGAGUAACACGGGUUACCCUGCCACGAGCGAUGGCAAUACGGCACAGAACCAUUCAUGGGCCGUGGCAGACAUAGAAGUGACCCUUGUGGAUAGCCAUGCCAAUAUAAAGAUACUCUCAAAGAAACGACCUGGGUUGCUUUUGAAGAUGGUUGUUGGGCUUCAGAGUAUUGGUCUUAUCAUUCUCCACCUUAAUGUUACCACUGUGGACGAUAUGGUCCUUACCUCAGUUAGUGUAAAGGUGGAGGAAGGGUGUCAGCUGAACACAGUGGAUGAAAUUGCAGCUGCUGUGAAUCAACUAUCACUCACGGUUCAUGAGGAAGCUGCUUUCAGCUAA